GACUUCGGCGCGGCCUGGAAGCCAGCCUCCGCCCGCGCCCGGGGCCUCGCGCCCGACGGGCUCUUCGCGGCCGCGCCCGGAGGGCGGACAGGUCCUUCGGAGGGUGGACAGGUCCUUUGGAGCGCUCUUUCUAACGGCCGGCGUCCAGGGAGAGGCUCCGAUCCUGCGUCCGCGUCGCACGUUCUCCUGGGGCGCAGUGCUGCCCGUCCCGAGGUCCCAAAUUGCCCGGCCGACGUGGAGCCGGCGUCUCUCUGCUUCCUCCUGGGCCGGCGCGUCGGCACGGCCGGCGAGGCCCCCCCGGGCGCGCGGGGACCGGGCCAUGGGCCGUGGCGCGGGCCGGCCGACCGCCGGGAGGCAUGGCUCGGUGGCCGGCCGCUAGCAGCGCGGCAGCCCGGGCUCCCGGGCCGGCAUGAGGACGGCCACGGGGGAACGAGGGCGGCCCGCGGGGCCGUAGCCUGCGUCGCGCCGGGGACAAAGAAGCCAUGCAGUGACACCCACUAAGACUUGUUGGUAGCCAUGUCGGAGCCCCACAGGGUCCAGUUCACCUCUCUCCCGGGUCCUCUGAAUCCUGCGUUUUUGAAGAAAUCCCGGAAAGAGGAGGUUGGGGGAGUAGAACAGCAUCAGGACUCUGAGCCGGCUGCAGCAGCUGUUCGGAUUACACUCACCCUCUUUGAGCCGGAUCACAAGCGAUGCCCAGAGUUCUUCUACCCAGAGCUGGUGAAAAACUUGCGAGGGAAGGUGAAAGGACUUCAGCCGGCAGACAAGAAGAAGGAUAUCUUGGAUCCUUUCAAUGAUGAAGACAAAGAAAGGCAUAAAGUGGAGGCCCUUGCUCGGAAAUUUGAAGAAAAAUAUGGUGGAAAGAAACGUAGAAAAGACCGAAUACAGGACUUGAUUGAUAUGGGUUAUGGUUAUGAUGAAUCUGAUUCCUUCAUCGAUAACUCUGAGGCGUAUGAUGAGCUCGUUCCUGCUUCUUUGACUACAAAGUACGGAGGAUUUUACAUUAACUCGGGAACCUUGCAGUUUAGACAAGCAUCAGAAUCUGAGGAUGACUUCAUUAAAGAAAAGAAGAAGAAAUCGCCAAAGAAGCGGAAGUUGAAGGAAGGUGGUGAGAAGAUAAAGAAGAAGAAAAAAGAUGACACUUAUGACAAGGAGAAGAAAUCGAAAAAGUCCAAGUUUUCCAAAGCCGGCUUCACAGCCCUCAAUGCCAGUAAGGAGAAGAAGAAGAAGAAGUACUCUGGGGCUUUGAGCGUUAAAGAGAUGCUGAAGAAAUUUCAGAAGGAGAAAGAGGCUCAGAGAAAGAGGGAUGAAGAGCAUAAGCCUGCCUCGGUCCCGGUGGUGGCUGCUCAGAGCCUGCGGGAGCUGGAGGGCGCCCCUGACCCUUUACUCUCACUCUUCGGCUCCACUUCCGACAAUGACUUGCUGCAGGCGGCCACCGCCAUGGACUCACUGACUGAUCUGGACUUGGAGCAGCUGCUCAGUGAGUCUCCGGAAGGAAGCCCCUUCGGUGAUAUGGAUGAUGAGAGCGAUUCCCUUGGGGUGGGACUGGACCCGGAAUUCAGGCAGCCCUCUUCCCUUCCCGAAGGCCUGCCCACACCCCUGGAGAAGCGCGUUAAGGAGCUGGCUCAGGCUGCCAGAGCUGCUGAGGGAGAGAGCAGACAGAAGUUCUUCACCCAGGAUAUUAAUGGCAUGCUCUUAGACAUAGAGGCGCAGACCCGGGAGCUGAGCAGCCAGACCCGUUCCGGGGUGUAUGCCUACCUUGCUUCCUUCCUGCCCUGCAGCAAGGAUACCCUGGUCAAACGCGCACGAAAACUUCACCUCUGUGAACAGGGGGGGCGUCUGAAGGACCCUCUCCAGAAACUUAAGGAAGCCAUUGGCAGGGCGAUGCCAGAGCAGAUGGCCAAGUACCAGGAGGAAUGCCAGGCGCACACGCAAGCCAAGGUGGCUAAGAUGCUGGAAGAGGAGAAAGACAAGGAGCAGAGAGAAAGGGUCUGUUCUGAUGACGAAGAAGAUGAAGAAAAGGGGGGCAGGAGGAUAAUGGGACCUCGGAAGAAAUUCCAGUGGAAUGAGGAAAUCAGGGAGCUGCUCUGUCAGGUGGUGAAGAUCAAACUGGAGAGCUCUGACCUGGAGAGGAGCAAGGCCCAGCCCUGGGAGGACCACGUGAAGGCGUUUCUGGAUGCUGAGGUCAAACCUCUCUGGCCCAAAGGCUGGAUGCAGGCCAGGACUCUGUUUAAGGAGAGCAGACGAGGCCAUGGGCACCUGACGUCAAUCUUGGCCAAGAAGAAAGUAAUGGCCUCUUCCAAAAUGAAGGUGAAGGAAUCAUCUACUAAGCCUGAUAGAAAAGUUUCUGGCCCGUCAGGCCAGAUUGGCAGCCCCCUUGCUUUGCCUUCGGAUCACCUGGGCGGAGGCCUGAGCACUGGGGCCGCAAACAGGGAGCUCUCGUCUCAGGCCUCUGGCAGCCUUGCUAAUCCCGCUCCUAUCGACCUGGAGGACUCGCUGAAUGGCGACCUGAUCCGUAGUUCAGCCUCUUCGUUAGAGGCUGUGUCCAAGGAACUGGCUGCCCUGAACAGCAGAGCCAGCGGGAGCUCUGAAUUCACAUCGCCUGCACCCUCAAAAGCACCUGCGGAGAAAGCCACAGGUGUUUUAUGUACAGAAGAAAAAAGGAAUUUUCCGAAGCCCAGUCCUUCUGCCCCACCCCCCUCCAGCUCUCUGCAGUCACCCCUCAAUUUUCUGGCUGAACAGGCUUUGGCACUGGGGCAGCCCUCUCAGGAGAAAAAAGCAGAGACUUCUGGCUACAAAGAGCUGUCCUGUCAGGCCACCCUCAGCAAGGGCCUGCCAGAAGUACACCCGUCCAAAGCAAAGCACCACAGUUUGCCACGGACAUCUCACGCCCCCCAGGCAGCAGCUCCUGUGCCCGGCCCCCAGGUCAGAGUCUUUCAUGCAGGCGCUCAGCAGCAGAAGAGCUUCAACCCCCCAACUCCACUCGUCAGUAGGCUUCAGGGCCCAAGGCCUGCCUCCCCGCAGUGUCACCGUUCUCUCCUCCAGCUCGUCAAGACAGCUACCAAAGGCCAGAGCUUCCAUCCCUCCACGCCAGCCUCUUCAGGAGGCACCCCGGCCGCCAGCAGCAGCUCUCAUAAGACCCCGGCCUCAUCCUCCACUGCCCUGAGCCAUCCUGCAAAGCAGCACUCAUCCAGCUCAUCAGGGCCCUCUUACAAGAAUAGCCCCUUUGCCAGCUCUGUCUCCAAACAUGGGGUUUCUUCUGGCAGCUCUUCCUCUGGAGGAACACCAGUCCAGAGCCCUCCUUCCGGGAGCCUGCUCCCUGGGGGGCAGCCUCCCUCCAUAGGACCGGCCGCCAGUCGACCCGUCCCGGGCUCGGCAGGGAAAAAACCGCCUGUUUCCCAGAAGCUGACCCUAGUGGCCCCACCCGGUGGUCCAAAUGGAGAUUCUGGUGGUGGGACCCAGGGAGUGGCGAAGUUGCUGACCUCCUCCCUGAAGCCCAGCGCAGUGAGCGGCGUGACGUCGUCUACCUCCUUGCCAAAAGGAACUAGUGGGGCUGUGAUGCUGACCAGCUCCUCACCCUUAAACCUGCUGUCUUCAUCCUACAAGACAGGAAGCCCAAAGCUGCCUGGGGCCUUGAACUCGAACACCCUGGGGAUCAUCUCCCAGCUUCCCCUCCACGUGAUCUCCUUUAGUGCUGAGUCCUCUGCGAAAGCAGGGGUCUCCAAGGAUGCCAUCGUCACAGGCCCUGCCCCUGGGACGUUCCACCAUGGCCUCGGCCACAGUCUCCUGGCUGGCUUGCACUCCAGCCCGCCCCGUGCAGCGCCUCUCCCACACGCUGCCGUGUCCACCCACAUUCCGCAGAGCCUGCCAGAUGCUUCUCAGCUUCAUGGGAAAGGGCCCACUGUACCACGGAAAUUGUGACUUUGAGAGGAAAGGCUGGAAGUUGGAGUGGGUCUCAAAAGGCGGAUGAUAACUGUGCUCUUUCUGCUGUUGGUUUUCUCCUGGAGAAGGCGUGAGUGCUAAGUAGAGCAUCUCUUGGCACGUGUAAUGUGCCUUCAGUUAGGGGAGCAGCCCCGUGCUUCUCCGGAGGCCCUGACCGGCCUGGUGCUCCGGGCCCCGAGGCUCUGUCGUGGACAGUCGUCGGAGGGGCGGCACGAGGCGGGGGGCGCUGGGUGGUGUUUGCAGCAGGUGGCACCCCCAUACUUCAGAUCCCCUGCCCCUCACCCUGGUCAGAGUACCUCAUGGCACCCUACUGGUCGGGGGCUCCUUCUGGCCAUAGUGGGCUCCCGGGAUGGUCGUGGUGUCCGUCCAUCCUCAGGCUCUGUGCUCAACAGGACAAACCUGGCCACCACCACAGCUGGCAGGGUGUGCUCACCGUGGGGGUCAGUCUCCCCCGAACCUGACAAUGAAGCUCUUUUUAGAGACAAGACCUUUGUAGAUUUAACAAUUGUGGUAGGAUUUUUAAAGACACUUAUUUUUGGCUCACUUUUCAUCCUUCCCAUUAAAUGCAUUGGAUAGAAUGGACUGUUCUUCGCACGUCCCGUUGUUCCUAGAAAGACAUAAUUCCAGUGCCUUUAUGGGGGAGCAGAAUCAGACACACGUCCACUCAGCCCUCUGAGUGGAUCUCAGAUGAAGACCUUUUUUAAAGCUAUGUCUGUAUUUAAGACCUAGCCAGUUUUAUUUAAUGGAGUUUUUAUGAUUGCACAUCAUGAUCUGGGCCGUCUUGAUCUGAAGGUCAUCUGGGCCCCGCAAUCCCAGGUCCCUGUUUAGCCAGGGCCACCGCUUUGUUUUUUUUGCCAGAGUUCAUGCAGGUGGACUGCAGAGCCCCAAAGCCCUUCUUGGUCUCUUCGAGGGCCGAGGCUGUGAGGGGUUCCAAGUCGCAGGUAGACAUUCCAGUUUUAUUUAGAAACCAUUCUCAGGCAGAGCUGCGGGAUCAGGCUCUGUGAAGCAUCUGCCGUGUAGAGCCAGGCCUGGAGGUCCUGGCUCUCAGGCAGCAGGGCUAUGCAUCGACUUAAGGGUGACGUGCCGACGAGCUUGGAGAACGCGUCAGAGACGGACUGGGACACUUACCCCGAAGCUCCAGUCAUCACGCUGUUCCCACUCACCCAGUGGCUGCUUCACAAGGAUUUUAGGGCACUCGCCUGUCCUGUGAAGUCUGGACUGCUCCAGCUCAGUGAUUGCAGAUGUGUUGAGAGUCAGCUGCUUCCUCAGAAUGUACGUCUGUGUGGAGACACAGGCAGUUCUUUGGGUUCCUGACUCCCAGGGGACAGUGCUCAGUAGCUCACGGUUCACAUGGAGGUUGCCCGGUUUCCAGGGGAGCAAGACCUCUGCCAGCCUAGUCGGCCCGGCCUUUGCUUGAGCUUCUUUUUUACAUAAAAACCAACUCGUGUUUCACACUGGGCUUAAGCGGAUUCCUUAUUUCCUGAUUAUAUAUAUUUUUUGCAACUUGGGUUUCCAGUUUGUUUACAGAGUAGUCUUAGGUAGUAGCGAAAGAGCCAAAGAAGAGAUUUGUAUUGCUGAGCUCAGAGCCGCGCAGAGGCCGUCCGUGAACACUGAGCAGUGGGAACUCGGUGGGCGCCUGUGCCCAGGAACACCCAGGUUCCCUUCCCUGCGUUGUGCCCGCCUCCCCAUAGACCACUGAGGGUGCAGCUGGAGCAGGACACCCCUCAUUCCUAGGAAUCUAGUGAUGCCUCUUGCCUCAGGGAAAUGUUUCUUUGAUGGGGGUUUAUGAGGUUUCUUUUCCUUGUUGAUGCUUUAUUUGUGGUAACGAAAGAGUGCGUGACUUCAGGAGCCAGCAGGGCAGGUCUGCGGGCAGCAUGGGCUCACCCGGCCCCGGCACUGCAGGGCUUUCCUUGCCAGCGUUUCUUGGGUGUGAAAGGGCUGUGGCUUUUUUGCAGCGACUGUGUUGGUGUUGGGGGGUGGGGUGUGGAAAUUGUUAAUCUUGUAUAAAGCAACUCAAUAAAUUGUUUCAAGAUUUCCAAAA